AAGAGGGGAGGCGGAGGGCAUGCGCACUGCGUCAGGUGGAGAACUUAAGCGUCGACUCUUUGCUUUGAAGAGUUUCAUCUACCCUGCGUUGUAUUUACAUGUGAUGAGUGAAGAUGAAUGAGGAUGCGUUCGAGGUCGCGGAGAGGACAGAGUACCGGUACCUGGUGCAGGAAGAGGAUGAGGAUGAGGUGCAGUACGUCUCCCACAGGAACUACGUCAGCCCCUUCUUGGUGCUGUCCAAACGCUGCAUCUUCUUGAUCUGCCUCGGCGUGCUCAGUCUGCUCGCUCUGGCCACCUACCUGGGCUACGUGGCCCAGACGCCGCCCGGCUUCGUCCAGGUGUCCACAGCUUGUGGAGAGUUCAGAGGAAGACACAAAAAUGGAGCCUACUCCUUUAAGGGCAUACCCUACGCUGCCCCGCCCAUUGGUAACCUGCGCUGGGCACCUCCAGUUGAUCCGGUGUGCGGGAAUGAAGUGAUCGACGCGAGUCGUUUCCGCAGCAUGUGCGCCCAGGUGCGGCCGCUGACCAGCGAGGGGAGGGUGAUGGGCCAGGAGGACUGCCUCUUCAUCAACGUGUGGACGCCCAAACUGCAGCCGGACGCCAAGCUGCCUGUCAUGGUCUGGAUCCACGGAGGAUACCUGCACAUGCUCAGUGGAGGAGAACAGAGCUACUCGCCCUCAGAGAAGCUGGCAGCCGACACAGGAGUGGUUCACGUCAGUUUCAACUACAGACUCAACGCCUUUGGCUUCCUGGCACUGGAGAUACUGAGAGAAGGCUCUCCAACCAACACCUCAGGGAACUACGGCUUCAUGGACCAGAUCGCAGCUCUGAAGUGGGUCCAGAGGAACAUCCACGUGUUCGGAGGAGAUCCUGGGAGAGUCACCAUCUACGGGCAUAGCUCGGGUGGGACCUCGGUGCUGGCCCUGAUGACGUCCCCGCUGGCGAAGGGUCUCUUCCACAGGGCGGUGGACAUGAGCGGCUCGUACGUGUUGAACGCGACACUGAAACAAGCCGAGUCCGACAACCUGGUGUUCCUGAAGAAGUCGCACUGCGACAACCUGACCUGUCUCAGACAUCUGUCUGUCAAAGAGGUCCUACAGGCCGUCCCAUGGCAGGAAUACCCCUCCUGGGCAGCAGAGGAUAUAGUAGACCUCCCUACCAAAGGGCGCUUCAUCGGCCCGGUGGCAGUGGUGGAUGGAGUUGUCCUCAAAGCUCCACCCUUUGAGGUGUGGGAGAAGAAGCUGGACUACAGCGAUGUGCCUUUCAUGGUUGGGACGACACAGCAGGAGGUUGACUUAAGUCCUCCUGAAAACAUCUCUGUGUGGACCUGGGGAGACUACUGCUGGUUCGUAACAGCUAAACUUCAGUCCUUCAGUGAGACUCUCCCCAAAGAGGCACUGGACCUGUACCCGACGUCAGCCCCCUGUCCCACCAGAGACCGCUGUCCCGAGAGGGCCUACACCACCAUGGUGUCUGACAUCAGGGCCACCUGUCCCAGCAACGACCUGGCCAGGAGGGCUGCAGAGACCCUUAACAGUCCUGUGUAUCGAUACGUGGUGACACACACACCGUCGGGACCGAUCACCACGACCAGCGACAUUCUGCCGUUCCACAGCCGCUUCUCCUUCCACUGUCUGGAUGCCAUGGCUUUUUUCGGAGGGCUGGAGUUUGUCCUGGGGAAGCCGCUCUCUGAUCAUGACAAGAGUUUCCAGGAUCUCAUCACGCACCACCUUGUCACAUUCGCCAGAACAGGUAAGGUGGAUGAGAAGUGGUCUGAGUACCCAGCAGGCACUGCUCUCCUGUCCGAAAGCCUGUCACUGGUCCACGAGUACUCGGCUGCUCAGUGUGAGCUGUGGAAGAAGAACGGCCUCUAUGCCUACGCCUGGAUGAACUGACCGGGCGGCUGCUGAAGGCGGCCUGUCACUACAGUUUGUUGAAAGUCACUGCUUUGUUACAGUGAGGUGAUCACAUGGACAAAUCGUCUCACCCACCUCAGAUCCUGCAGCAGGUAGCCAUUCGGAUCUAAAUUUGUAAAACCACAUCGAAAAUAGCACAAUGUGUGUGUUUGGAGCUGUGUGAAAUGCAGACGUGUGUUGAAAUAAGUGUACAGUUGCUCACAGGCUUUAGAGAAGUGACAUUAACAAGAAAACAUUUCUGUUAUAUCAAUGUAAAUAUUAGGUCACUGAAUAAAUACAGCACUGUUGCA